GAAAGAAAGAGAACUGAGACGUUCGAUUAUUCGUUUCUAUUCAGUUUCCUGGUUGGCCCUCAGUCGGAAUUAAUCAAUCGACGAACCUAUCGAUCUUCCGAUUGAUGCGGGAAGGAAACGGUGUAGCGGUGAUAAAAUGUUCCGUAAUCAGUAUGAUAAUGAUGUCACAGUUUGGAGUCCACAGGGGCGUAUACAUCAGAUUGAAUAUGCCAUGGAGGCAGUGAAACAAGGUUCAGCAACCGUUGGGCUCAAAUCAAAAACACAUGCAGUUCUAGUAGCUUUAAAGCGAGCUCAAUCAGAAUUGGCUGCUCACCAAAAAAAAGUACUCCAUGUUGACAGUCAUAUUGGCAUCUCCAUUGCUGGUCUCACAGCUGAUGCUCGACUGCUGUGCAAUUUCAUGCGUCAGGAAUGUUUGGAUUCAAGGUUUGUGUUUGACAGACCGCUGCCAGUAUCACGUCUUGUGGGCCUGAUUGGAAGCAAAACUCAAAUUCCUACACAGCGGUACGGAAGGCGACCAUAUGGUGUGGGAUUGCUUAUCGCUGGUUAUGAUGACAUGGGCCCUCACAUAUUCCAGACAUGUCCAUCUGCUAACUACUUUGACUGUAAGGCCAUGUCAAUUGGUGCUCGUUCACAAUCUGCUCGAACUUACCUUGAGAGGAACAUGGAGGCAUUCCAGGACUGUGACUUGAAUGAAUUGGUUAAACAUGGUCUGCAAGCCUUGAGGGAAACACUCCCUGCUGAUCAGAAUCUUGCUACAAAGAAUGUCUCAAUUGGAAUUGUGGGUAAAGACAUUGAUUUCACUAUUUACGAUGAUGAUGAUGUCGCACCAUUUUUGGAAGGCUUAGAAGAAAGGCCUCAGAGAAAGGCAGCCCCAUCUGAUGAUGCCCCUUCAUCUGAAAAACCAGAAGAACCAAUGGAACAUUAAUCUAUUGUCUAUUUUGUGCUUUGUAACUAUUUACAGCACAGCUUUGGCAGGGCAUUUCAGAAACUUGUACUUCAAUAAAAUGAGGACAAAAGAA